UUUCCUAACUCUCAAAUUUCCAAUACUCCAACUACCCCCUUCUCUUAUAAAACACCCUCUUUUUCUUCUCUCUCUCUCCAGUUCAAAUCCCUGAACCCAAUUCCACUUUCUCUCUCUACCUCCAUUGUUAUUCUCUCUCGACCUCCAUUGUUAUUCUCUUUUUCUCUACAAUGGCUUUAUCUAACUCCGCCAUUUUACUUAACAAAUCUGCCUUCUUACCUUCCAUUUCUACCAACCAACUACCUCCUACUUUCUCCACCAUCCCUGUAAAACCCAUUCAAAUCUCUGCCGUUCAAUCUGCUGACAAGAACCAUCCCAUUGCCUCCGCUAAGCCAACCAUCCCCUCUGCCACCGCUUCAACUUCCGCUGCUUCCACAACCGUCGUCUUACCAAAAAAAUCCGAUGAGAAAUGGAGUUUGGAGAGUUGGAGGUCAAAGAAGGCUUUACAAUUACCUGAAUACCCGGAUCAGAAAGAACUUGAUGCUGUUCUUAAAACUAUUGAGGAUUUUCCUCCUAUUGUUUUCGCUGGUGAAGCUCGUAUUCUUGAAGAACGUCUUGCUGAGGCUGCUCUUGGCAAUGCUUUCCUUCUUCAAGGUGGCGAUUGUGCUGAAAGUUUCAAGGAAUUCAAUGCCAACAAUAUACGUGAUACUUUCCGGGUACUUCUUCAGAUGGGUGCCGUUUUAAUGUACGGUGGUCAGAUGCCUGUUAUCAAGGUGGGGAGAAUGGCAGGGCAAUUUGCAAAACCAAGAUCGGAUUCAUUUGAAGAGAGAAAUGGGGUGAAACUGCCGAGUUACAGAGGAGAUAAUGUGAAUGGAGAUUCAUUCGAUGAGAAAUCAAGGAUUCCUGAUCCUCAGAGGAUGAUUAGGGCAUACUGUCAAUCAGCUGCUACUCUUAAUUUGUUGAGGGCAUUUGCAACUGGUGGUUAUGCUGCCAUUCAAAGGGUUAAUGAGUGGAAUUUGAGUUUUGCUGAACACAGUGAACAGGGUGAUAAGUACCAUGAAUUAGCUCGUAGAGUUGAUGAAGCCCUUGGCUUUAUGGCUGCUGCUGGGCUCACAAUAGACCAUCCUAUGAUGCAAGCUACUGAUUUUUGGACUUCCCAUGAGUGUUUGUUGUUGCCUUAUGAACAAGCUCUCACAAGGAAAGAUUCAACUUCUGGCCGCUACUAUGACUGCUCUGCUCACAUGCUUUGGGUCGGAGAACGUACUAGGCAGCUUGAUGGAGCUCAUGUUGAGUUCCUGCGAGGAAUUGCCAAUCCCCUUGGAAUUAAGGUGAGUGACAAGAUGGAUCCAAAUGAGCUCAUCAAACUCAUUGACAUUCUGAACCCUGAGAACAAGCCAGGAAGAAUCACUAUUAUCACUAGAAUGGGAGCCGAGAACAUGAGAGUAAAGCUUCCUCAUUUGAUUAGAGCUGUUCGCAGAGCUGGUCAAAUUGUUACUUGGGUUAGCGAUCCUAUGCAUGGAAACACUAUUAAAGCUCCUUGCGGUCUGAAGACUAGGCCAUUCGAUGCAAUUCUCGCUGAAGUGAGAGCCUUCUUUGACGUCCACGAGCAAGAAGGAAGCCACCCGGGUGGUGUUCACCUAGAAAUGACUGGACAAAACGUGACAGAAUGCAUCGGUGGAGCCCAAACCGUGACCUUUGAUGAUUUGAGCUCACGCUACCACACACACUGUGACCCUAGGCUCAACGCUUCCCAAUCUCUCGAGCUGUCGUUCAUCAUUGCAGACCGCCUUAGAAAGAGGAGGAUCAAGUCUCAGCCCUCUCUUACAUCCUAAACUAAACCUUUGAUUUUUUAUUUUUUUUUCUACUUUUGAGUUGUGAAAACUGGUCUUAGUUUAUUGUAUUAAGUAUUUAUAACAGUACCUAUACCGGAUUCGGUUAGAAAAUGUAUGUUGUGUUUUAUAUGUGUAUACCGGAGAAUACCAAAACUUAGUACUCUGGUGUUUGAGAUGAUGUUAAUGGCGAAAUAAUAAGUAACUUACAGUUUUUCAA